AUGGUGGCCCAAAGGGUUUCUAGAAUACAUUUGCUGUUCUCCAUUCUGGCUGCAUUCGUCAUCUCUGCCCUAGCUGAGGAACACGUAGGAGAGAGUCAACAUGGAAAUAUUCGCCUUGAUAAGAACUUGGUACAAGAUAAAGACCACAUCAUGGAACAUUUGGAAGGUGUUAUUGAGAAACCAGAAUCUGAGAUGUCUCCACAAGAACUGCAGCUUCAUUACUUCAAAAUGCAUGAUUAUGAUGGCAAUAAUUUGUUAGAUGGGUUAGAGCUUGCUACUGCUAUAUCACAUGUCCACAAAGAGGAAGGUGGUGACCAUACGCAGGCAAUGAAAGAAGAGGAGCUGAUUAGUCUAAUAGAUGAUGUCUUAAGAGAUGAUGACAAGAACAACGAUGGAUACAUUGACUAUGCAGAAUUUGCAAAAUCACUGGAAUAG